AUGUCUGCUCUACAACAACAACAACAACAACAACAACAGCUCACUGUUCCUUCGUCCACCAUCAUUUCCUCCGCUUGGGACGUUGCCUUGUCGAACGCCAUUGUCAAGACAGGCCUUGGUUUUGGAGGCGGUGUGGUUUUGUCUGUACUCUUGUUUAAGAGGAGAGCCUUCCCUGUCUGGUUGGGCGUUGGUUUUGGUUUGGGCAGGUCCUACGCAGAGGCAGACUCUGUUUUCAGAGAGGCCGGUAUUAGAAGAAUCGAUGCUUAG